AUGUUACUAAUAGAAGCAAUUGAUUUCAUAAAAUCAUUUCGCUAAAUAUCAUACCAAAUUCCCAAGGUUUCCAACCUAUGUAAACAUAAUCCUCAAUUGAUAGCUUAAUUUCAUCCUAUAAAAUAUGAUUUUCUGAACAAUUGUAUNAACAGUUUCAGAGAGAAUUACGAGAUGUAUUAAACAGAGAUUGACAAAAAUACCUAUGCAUUGCAGAGAAGCAUAAGGGGAUUCUGGAUAUUUGGAAAGGCAUUCUACCCUGCUUUAACUCAGCAUUACAGUUAGAAAUUAGAGCUAUACCAAUUGAAAUAGCAAUUAGGAAAGGUAUGAUAUACUAUUAUUCACUUUUCAGAUUGAAUAAUCAGAGGUCAAUUUAUAUAAGACUGUCGAUCCAAGCAUCAGCACUGUCUUGAAUAAGACCUUCAGUACUCAAUGGCUUUGGUGGAAUCUCCAAGACAUAUCCAUUACAGCUGGGCUACAAGUCUAUGCUCAAUUGUUUAAUUUUGGAUACUCAUGGCGAUUCGGAUUCUUGGUUCUCCCAUAUUGUGCUAGAGUAAGUGAUCGCUUAACACCUAGGUCUUCUAUGACUAUGCAACAUCAUACUAAAAUAAAUCAAGGGCAGUCGAAUUUCUCAACUGGGCAAUCCAAUACAGAAAGGCAAAGAGCCAGAUCGAAAGAGGCACCUUGGACCCACUAGCAGUCGAGAAAUAUCAAGCCCUCUAUGGAACUGUGAAGAAGGGACCACUACAAGUUUAUGCAGAUGUUAUCUAAUUGGCUUCAUAAUAAAAUCCCAAUUUGUGAUGGAUAAAAUAAAUGAUAUAAUGAAUAUCGAUCAUUG